AUGGCUCACCAGCUUCUGCCUCCCCAGGAUCUUUCGUCUGCAGCUGAUUUGCGCCGCAGUGGAUGGGCCCCACCCCCUGCCAUCGCGGGCACGUUGCAGCGGCAGCGACAGCAGCAGCAGCAGCAGCUCCUGCUGCAGCAGCGGCAUCAGUCUCUCCACUGGGCACUGCGCGCAAUCCUCUGGUGGUAUGAGCUGCCUCUUUGUCGCCGAAGGCAGCGGGAAGAGCAGCAUUUGGAGCAGCAGCAAGAACGCCAGUGCUCAUGGCUCGGGUGUGCGAGGUGGAGCCGCCUAUGGCUUGCCGCAGACUGUCUGCUGUUGCUGCUUGUUUCUUGUACCCUCCUUGCGGCAACCCUGUUUGGAUGGUGUUGGCUAGGAGAGUAUCGCUCUCUUCAGCGCUACGUUUACGAGGCGUCGGGCAUACCGCUGAGAGCAAGUCCACGGGGAGUGUUGACGCUGCUCGUGAUGCUGACGCUGCAUGCGUUUUUUCUGCUAGGCAGCCACUUGGUGCUGCGGUCUAUGGGCAUGCUCCCUCAACUUGCAAACGUGCACGAGGCUUUUCUGGCGAUAGUGGGGGCUGCAGCUGCUGCUGCAGGGGCCUUGGUGGCUGAGCUCUCUCCCCGGCACUAUGCAGGAUUCACCAUGUGGCUGCAACUCUACUUGCCCCUGUUUCAUGGAGCACUCACACCCGUGGCUUCCGUUGCGUUGUGCUGCAUUUUGCGGCGAGCACAGUCUGUGCUGCAAGCCGCAGGCUCACAAGCUCCUACAGGAGCCUCAGAUGAGGAGGUGCCUGUUGCGCAAGGCGUCCCUCUGCUGAUUUGUGGGGAGGAUUCUUCAGCAGAAGGCGCUGCAGCCGAUGCCGAUCGCGACUAUAGCGGCACGUCACAGCCAGCAGCGACGGCAGCUGCAGCUGCACCUCUGCCAGUCUUCGGCUCCGUUGUUGUAAGGGAGAGGCCUCCGUCUUUGCAGAUGCGGCCUUUGCCCUUCAGCAGAAGUAGCGGAGAAAACGGAGCCACCAGAGGCAGGCAGGGGCGAAGGCGGCUUUCUCUAUCGUGCAUCCGAGUGUGGGCAGUCAUUCUCUUAUCAGUGUGUCUCUGGCUGCUGCUGCUGGUGUUCCCCUUCCUUGGUCCUGGUGCGUUCGGUUCCCCUUGCGUCUUUUCCCGCCCUCCUCCGCUGAACAGCACGCGAAACCUCGCGAAAAAAAUCCACAACACCAAAUUGGCUAAAGUCGCGUUUGAAGCAUUGCCGCCAUCCACUUCUCGGAGACAGCAGUCUGCUGACGCUCACGGGGCAAACCCUCUGCCAGCAGCCGCAUUGGAGGCGCAGACACACGCUGCGGCUUCGCAGGAGGAGACACCUGAAGACGCGUGCACAGGUGCACCGUGGCUUCCCCCUCGACCUCUGGCGGGUGCAGUCGGCUUUUCCGCCGACGUCCACAUCACGGCGAACCAUGUGCCGUUUUUGUUUCGUGAUAUAUACGGAACGGUCUCAUCUAUUGACCAAAAAAUGCGCGAUGCUAUUGCUCAAGCGCGCAUCGCGCGCUUGAGCGACCUUCUGGCGCUCGCUGUUUCGUGGAAGUCGCCUAUUCUGGUGUCUGUACAGUGCCCCCCUUGCUCUCUCAAUGCAUUCGAUUGUGGAGAUAGCUGUCCUCUCCUCAUUUUUGACGCCGUGAAGAAGGCAAAGGCAGAGCAGUUCCUCUGGUGGCAAGGCGCAAUGCGAGAUGAAGUGCGGCGGUCGUUGCCGCUAGCCAGGCUGGUGACGGAGAUCGAUGCCGCUUUUGAAGACGACCCCAUGCACAUGACCGACAUUGUGAGUGCUCCGUGGACUGACUUAGAGGCGUCUCGUGUGCGAGCUCUCGCAGAGAAAGCCUUUGUACUUUCAAGCAAAGAGAAACAAGUACUCUCUGUAAUAUUAAUCCGAAAUAAUGCCCAGCACAAUUCAAGCUUUAAAACACGUCCUGACUCAUCGGGUCAUGCCGAGACUAGCAAAACGGCAACCUUUGGAACUAUACAGCAGGUUGAAGAGAUAAAAAAACUAAUAGGGGAAUUUAUCAAUUUAUUGGCAUAG